GGUACGGUCUGAUUUCGGCCGUGACGUCACGGCGGUGGUCCUCCUUUUCUGCCUGUCCCCGGCCCCGCUCGCCCUCGUUCAUGCUGCGGCUGCUGGAGAGAAACAUGAAGCUGCUAUUCGCUGCCGCCCUGAUCGCUGGCUCCAUCAUCUUCCUGCUCUUCCCCGGGGGCUCCGAGGCCGACGAGAAGAAGAAAGGCCCGAAGGUCACCGCCAAGGUAUAUUUUGAUAUGAAAGUUGGCGAUGAGGCGGUAGGACGGAUCGUAAUUGGUCUAUUUGGAAAAACUGUUCCCAAAACUGUUGAAAACUUUGCAGCUCUGGCAACAGGAGAGAAAGGAUAUGGUUAUAAAAACAGCAAAUUCCACCGCGUGAUCAAAGAUUUCAUGAUCCAAGGAGGUGACUUCACAAGGGGAGAUGGUACUGGAGGCAAGAGCAUCUAUGGAGAUAGGUUCCCUGACGAAAACUUUAAGCUGAAGCACUAUGGUCCAUUCUGGGUAAGCAUGGCCAACGCUGGCAAAGACACCAACGGUUCCCAGUUCUUCAUCACUACAGUCAAGACUCCAUGGUUGGAUGGAAAACAUGUGGUCUUUGGGAAAAUCCUGGAAGGAGAGGAUGUUGUAAGAAAGAUUGAAUCCACAAAGACAGACGGUCGAGACAAACCUCUAAAAGAUGUGGUUAUUGCAGACUGUGGGGUAAUUGAGGUGGAGAAGCCAUAUGCAAUUGCCAAAGAGUAAACACUGAUCUUUUGCAGCCAACAAAGGCCCCGAUUGUCUGCAGAUUUUACCACUGGAUCAAUUAGAGACUCAAGGGCUUUUCUAAAGCCAUCUCCUCCCACUGCCUACUGCAUCAGGCCUGGACUGAUCUAACUCUGCAGUUAUUCUACCUAGAACAGUGACCAAAAUAAGGGCAUUUCCAAUCCCAUCGAUCAAGAGCAAAGAAGGGAUUUACACAUUCCAUCCAUUUUCAAUGUUUAAUGUGUUCAAUUUGGACAAGCAACUAUGCUAUGUAAGAUUGGGUUAAUAAACUGUUUCUAUAAAAUUA